AUGAAGAUACAUCAGUUGUUAUUCACAAUAUUGGCAGCAUUGACGGUGUCUGUGUUCGCCGUGUCGUUGAAUGGCACAGAAUUUCCAGAGUGUGCGGUGUCUUGCUUGCACCAAGAAUCUCCAAACUGCACCAUAACCGAUGCAUCAUGUGUAUGCACCGGCGAUGCCAGCAAGUCGUCGCUAGUGACUUGCGCAUUGUCUAACUGCAGUGCACUGGAAUACUAUAUCACAAGGCAUUUGUAUGAAUUGGAAUGCGACCAACCCAUCAAGAAGGGGCCCCCUCUCGUUGAUCCCUCCACCCUUGCACCUGCUAUCCUUGCCACGAUAUUCUUCUUCAUCCGGAUAGCGGCGAAGGUCGCAAACCUCGCUGGUGGCUGGGGCCCCGACGACUAUACUGUCACAAUCGCAUGGAUACUGGGAGUUGGCUUGUUUGUCGUCAAUACAUACAUGAUCAAAUAUGGAUUCGGAAUGAACACCUGGGAUAUCUUACCCUUCCAUCACGUUACAUUGGUCUUCCAGUAUUUCGAAGGAUUGGCGAUGAUGUACAAGAUCCAAAUCUCGCUCUGCAAGAUAUCAGUCCUACUCUUCCUGCUGCGAAUCUUCCAGUCCCGUGUUUUCCGCAUAUGCGCAUACAUCCUCAUCGGCAUCAACGUCGCCAUUGGUAUCACGUUCGCCCUCGUGGAUCUGCUUCGAUGCGUGCCAGUUCAUCUUGACUGGGAUAAUUGGACCGGGGAAUACGAAGGGGUCGGCACAUGCAUCAAUUUCAUCGCGGCCGUCUUAGUCCACUGCCUUGUCAACAUUUUUGUCGACGUCGUCAUCGUCCUCCUACCGCUUUACGAAGUGAGCAAGCUGCAGCUGCCAUGGAUGAAGAAGAUCACCGUAGCACUGAUGUUCAUGAUGGGUCUCAUUCUAACCAUCAUCGCCAUCAUCCGUGUGAUCGUGUUCUGGGAAAACCGCUGGACCUCAAAUCUGACUGCUGGUCUCCAACCCCUCAUCCACUGGUCCAUCAUCGAAUCCCAAAUCGCAAUCAUGACGACCUGUCUACCCGCCGCCCGCGCUUUCAUAAACCACUACGUUCCGGGUCUUCCCGGCAGCACACAGCGACGGACCUACGACCGAACCAACUCUCUCUACCACAACGGAGGUGUCUCGGGGGUAACGAACAGCAAGAUCUCCAAGUCUGUCAAUAUCUCCGUUGAUUACACGACACGGUCGGAGCGGGAUUCGACGAGUGCGGUGCAUUUGGUCGAGAUGGAUGGGAGGUAUGAGCGGUUUUAA